CUUCUGGGAAUGUUCUUUAUCCGGCGCACACCAGAAACCAGUUGUACAUGAAAAAAGUGAAGGCUGGAGUCUGUCCACUGGGAGUGGUGAGACUGGUACUCUCCUUUCACUACGUAUCAGAGCUAGUUGUUACCUGGGAGCUCACUUAUGAUUGUUGUGAAGAAGAAAAGUUCUACGCUGCCCGGUAACCAGACUGAACACCCACCAUUAUGAGUGGUCACUAUAGUGGAAGCAAUGGCGACUCGUCCCAUGAGCUCAGGCUUUUUCUUCUGGGGAACAUCGGCUGUGGAAAGACUUGUUCAGCGGACACCAUUCUGAACGAAAAGGCUGCCCUGUCCCAUAGCAUGUCCAGGGGCUUGGUCCAGCGGCAGGGCUUUGUAGAGGGCAGGAGAGUGACUGUGGUGGAGGCCCCGAGGUGGUACUGGAGCGGUGGGCAAAUGGACGAGAGCAUCCGGAAAGAGACAGCAAAAGCCAUGAUGGCGCUGACACCAGGACCACAUGCUAUUCUCCUGCUCAUCCCUGUUUUUCAGUUCACAGAGAUGGAAACUUUGGUACCUGCAGAACUUGAGCGGCUGUUUGGGGAAGAUGUUUUGGAUCACACUCUAGUCUUGUUCACAUGUGGGGACUACCUGAUUGGAAGAUCACUGGAGGAAUACCUCAAGAAGGAGCCCCCAGCUCUGUCACAGAUACUUGAACGAUGUAAUGGCAGAUGUCAUGUGAUCAAUAACCGUAACAGACAAGACAGGCAGCAAGUCACAAAACUUCUGGAUAAGGUGGAUACCAUCGUACAGAGAAACGGCAUACACACCGUAAAGACAGAAGAGGAACGUGAGCUUGAGAGAAGAAUACAAGAAAGAAAACGUGAGCUGAUGGAAAACUACAGAGCUCAAAGAGAAGCUCAGAGACAGAGUAUGAGCGUAGAGUUCGGUAACACCACAGAAACCAAGAACACUGUCAGCUCAGUGACGGAAUGGGCCAGCAGGGGGCAGGACACUAUUGAGGGCAGAGCUGAAAGCAGACAAGUGUCCAAUGGACCUUACUCCACUCCAGUACCAGAACAACAAACUGAGCAGCAGCUGUCAAGGACUCCCAGUUUCAGACUAAAUUCAGAGGGUACUAUUCUCUCAAAAAUGUCUGAAAGCAUAGCUACGCCAAAGAUGACCAGCACUUUUCACCAUAGAAUAAACAGCUUUGAAGAAAGCUCUCCUGAAGUGUCCCCCACCACUUCACCACACUCACCUGCCUUCUCCUCGCCCCCUGCUUCUCCCACUGCUUUUGCAUUUGCUUCUGCCAUGGCUCCAGCGUACGCUAGAUCUGCCUCCCCGUCUGCCUCACAGUCUGCAGAGCUGCGCCUGGUGCUGGUGGGACGCUCCGGAGCAGGAAAGAGUGGUGUGGGGAACUGUAUACUGGGCUAUGAGGCCUUCAGAUCAGACUUGGUUACACAGGACUGUGAGAAGAAGAGGGCAGAAGUCUGUGGGAGAAAG